GAGGAGGGCAGCCGCUGUGACUAGCCAGUUAUUUCUGCGUGUUCAUUUUGAAAGUACAGCCUACCUUUUAGCUAAGAGGGGACCAAGGGCACCCCAAAGGCCUGGGUCUCCUUUCCUCUUUGGUUGCCUGUCUGCCCAGCACUCCUCUUCUGCGGAGGGCAAAGCAGAGGGCUGUGAGGGGGCCCUGGGUUCAAGAACAGAGUGGUGAUCAACCCAGCCAGGGUUUCCAGGAGCUCUCUCUGGUGCUGAAUCCCAUCUCCCCCAAGAGCUUCAGCACCUUGGAUUGCUCCUGGGAAGCCAGCCAAAACCCAGGGUGGCUCUCUUGCCUGACCAUACUGGGUGCAACUUUGGCCAGGGGCAAAUGGGCCAGAUGGCCAGCAGUGCCAGUGGUGGGGGGCAAUGGGAGCUGGAGUCCAGCCACCUCUGGGGGCUUCCAGGGCUGCACUGUGCUGGAAGGAAGCACCACCAGACGCCUGUGUGUGUCUCUGGGGGGGGGUCAUUUCUUGAAGCAGCUGCCUCCCUUGCCCAGCCUUUCCUGCCUUCUCUUACCCAUCUGACCCUUCCUUGGGGGUCCCUGGGCCUCUGGGAGUGGGCCAAGCCCUGGCCUGGCCUCCUGUGUGCAGACUCCCCAACCCCCAGAGCCUGCCCAGGGGCCUUGCCUUGAGUCAGUCUGACUCAGGGAGUGACUCACCUCCUGCUCAGGAGCUGACAGAGAUGAUGGCAGCAGCAGCAGCAGCAGGGCAAGAGGGGUCAGACUGUCUGGAACCGGGGCAGAAUUAUACUGCUAUGAUCCCACUUUAGCAGCCGCGGCUGGCUCUCAGGGAAUCUGGCUUUGUAGCCUGAGGGAGGACUAGAGGAGCCUCUGGCGGAGACUUCUAAGGACCCUUUUCCUAGGAGGGGGAUAGUAGUGCUCUGGUUCUGUGGCCUGAAUGGCCCCGAGGGCCAGAAGGUCAAGAGCAGGGGAAAGGACUCCCCAAGAGAGCCCCAUGGGAGCCCCCGAGGGAAGGGCAGCUGGAGGAGGAAGAGAGCCCCACCGGCCAAAGCCCCGAGGGACCGCUUGGGGCUCCCCUGGGGCUGGCUUCGGAGGCAGGGCCAAGGGCCAGGAAGGAGGGGCACAAGGUCCCUUCUUUGCCCCCCCUCCCCCGUUUCCAUCCCUAGGGCUAGAGCCCCCCAAAAGGGAGGGCCGGAGGGGCGCCUCCUCCUCCUUCCCCCUCCAAAAAAGGCCAAGGGGGUCUGGCUUGCUCCUUCUGGCCGGGAGAGGGCAGGGCAGGGCAGGGCAGGGCAGGGGGCAGGACUGGCUCUGCCCCCCAAGAAGGAGGAGAAAGAAAGAAAGAAAGAAAGGGGCGGCGGCUGCGGUGGAGAGAGGGAGGGUGGCUCUUCCCUCCCGGCUCCUGGUGGGGCUACUUAUUUGGGUUGAGGGCGACCCAGGUGCAAGAGGAGGAGGAGAAGUGGGGCUCCAGACCCCCCCCCCAUUUCUGCCCCAAGAGCCCUCCUUCGAGUCCUUCCUUGGGGGGGCGAUCGGCAGAGAGAGUCGGAGGGCGGAGGGACCCCGCCGGAGCCCCAGAGACACAGACCUGACCAAACCUGGAACCUGGCUUCCAUGGAAAAGCCAACUUGCCUUGUUGCGCAGAAAACAAACCGACAGAAAGAGUGUUUUUCAAUGUUUGGUUUCUCUUUAUGGGAUUUCUUCACAAUUGAUCAGAAUCUGCUCUUCUGCCAGGAGCAGAGGCUCACUUCUGGAGCCAGACGGAAGGAGCCCAGGCUCAGGCGGCUCAUCUGGGGGGGAUUUAGCAACCGACUGUGUCUCUUGGUGGAUGUGUUAUGAAAUACCUUUUUAAAACAUGUAGAAUCAUAGAGUUGGAAGGAACUCUCUUUACUAUCCCUUCAGGCUUAAAGCACUCCUGAAAGAGGCCCACCCAACCUCUCUUGUGGGUGGUGGUUGUAUGGCUUCAAGUCAGGCAAACCUCUCAUGGGGUUUCCUUGGCAAGAUCUGCUCGGGGGUCUCCUGAGUUAUGACGCCAACCCUCAGUGUCAGUAUCUGUCCCCCACUGGCUCUCUUAAAAACCUCCAAAGGAGGAAAGUCAGAGGCAGACGCUUCCACAGUCAAACAGCUUUGACAGUGCCAGUUCUCCCUAAGUUUUAGGUGGACUCUCUUUUCUGGCGAUGUGAAUCCACUGGCUCAGGUUCUGGUCUCUGGAGCAGCAGAAGGCAGGGUUGCUCUGCCAGCUGCCAUCUUCCCUGCCAAAGCAAUGGCUCACACCUUGAAGCGUGGGCCAAGAUGAGAAGAGGCCCUGCCCCGUGUGCCCAAGGAGGGGCAGCGCAUGCAAAGGGCAGAGCCUGGCCCUGGGGCAAGGGGCAGGGAGCCUGGCUGCCUGCAGCAGGAGGAGGAGGAGGAGGGCUCCUGCCUGCCCUUCGCUCCUUCCUUAUCGCUGCUCCUUUGCCUGGUUCCUUGCAGGCUGAGCCCAGCCCUGGCCGGGGGCCACAACGGAGUCGAUGGGGGAAUGUCCUCUGCUCGGGGCUCUUGCCGAACCCUGUCGCUUCUUGUUCUUGUUCUGCAAACAAGCAGGGAAUGCCAUCCUGCCUCUCUUCCAGGAAGGAGGUUGUGAAGGGUGUGAAGAAGGGCUGUGAGUCUCUGCAGGCAACAAGGAGUGUUUGAGAGCGUGUUUUCACAAGUGAGCCUAAGAGGAAUGCAUGUGCAAAGGGAUCGUGAGACUCACAGAAAGAAAGGCGCCGGUAGCAGGAGCUUUCGUGGACCUGAGUCUCCUUCCUCAGGUGCAGGAGGAAUGCGUGUCUGGCAGAUGUGUGUGUGCCUUCAAUGGAAAAUGGCUGCCAAGGUGCCUUGUGAGGGGAAGUGACUUGUUACACUAGUCAAGUCUCUAAUUCCCACUUGUAAUAAUAAUAAUAAUAAUAAUAAUAAUAAUAAUAAUAAUAAUGUUUAUUUAUAUACCGCUUUUCCAAAUUAGAUCAAAGCGGUGUACAACAGGAAGUACAAUAAAAAGUCAAAAUAAAACAUAACAGGCCUCUCUCCCCCUCAAGAUGGUGGUCAGAAGGAGAAAUGUCUUUUUUGUGAAAUGUCACUUCUUUCUGCCUCACAAAAGAGAGGUCAAGGAAGACCCCUGAAGCUGGAAGGGACUCCCAAGGGCCACCCAGCCCAGCUCCCUGCAGCCAGGACAGGAGAUCCACCACUAAAACAGCCUGGAUUAAUCCCGGCACACACAGACACAUCCAUGCUCUGUCUUAUGGCUCUCUCUCCUCUCUCCUCCAGGUAAACAUGCUUUCGGACAAGAUGGAGAAGCGGAUCGCCUCCUCCAUCUUCAUCACUCUGGCGCCACCCAGGCGGGACCUCUGUGCCAAGAGUGAUGCCAAGCCAGCAAAGGCUCCCCUGCUGCCCAGCAACAGCCUGCCCAGGGCAACCUCCAUGCCUUCGGGGCCUGUCCCCCCUGAAACAUCCAUGGGGCCUAUAGUUAAAGUCACAAGAGCCAGAGGCAGACCCAAUGGAGGUUGCUCUGAGCUGCCACCGCCAGCGCCUCCCCCCAUCCUGCGCAGCGAUCCCAGGGAGGCUGCUUUGGGUGCCCUCCUUCCUCCUCCUCCUGCACCGUAUUCAAAUCCUGUCUUGGUGGAGACCCUUGGUCCUGAUCUCCAGAAGCAAACAACCUUUCUGCCCUCCUCAUCCCUCCAGACGUCUUCAACUUUUCCAGCAGAACAGAGACAACCUAAACUUCGACCCUCGACCCUCGGUUGGGCUGACGAACAUCAGAUGGAGAUGCAUGUGGAAGAUACUGUCCCAAGAGAGAUCUGUGCGUUUUGCCACAAAGCCAUACCCGCUCAGGCUCCAGCCCUUGAGGCUAUGAACAAACAGUACCACGCCAACUGCUUCACCUGCCGAAUGUGCCAGUGCACCCUGGCGGGGCAGCACUACUACCAGAAAGAGGGACGGCCGCUGUGUGUUGCCUGCUACCAGAACACCCUGGAGAAGUGUGCCUUCUGCCAGGGCCUGAUCUUGGACCAAAUUGUGCGGGCGCUGGGCAACAGAUACCAUCCGGAUUGCUUCACCUGUGUGGUCUGCGGCCGGGCCAUUGGGGACGAGACCUUUGCGGUAGACGACGACAACCGAGUGCAUUGCCUGGAGGACUUCUACAGGAAGUUUGCUUCCAUGUGCGGUUCCUGUGGCAAACUCAUCAUCCCAAACCAGGGACAGGACUCCUACCGGAUCGAGUGCAUGGGGAGACACUUCCACGAAGAUUGCUACCGCUGUGAAAAGUGCCAGAUUUUGCUCUCUCCGGAGCCCACGGAGGAUGGAUGCUACCCUCUCGGCAACCGCCUUCUUUGCAAGUCCUGCCACAUCCGACAGAUCAAAGAACCGUCUUCCUGAGCAAGGGAGGUGCCAAUGUCUUUUUGGAGGCUGCAGAACAGAGCAGAGGAGCUGGGAUGGCAUAUUUUGGCAUCCUCUCCUGCUCCUUCCCUCUUCUUCCCUUUCUUGAACACCUUUCUCUGCGUUGGGGUGCAAUCUUGGGACUGAGUCUCUCUUGUGCGUGGUGGCAGUGGUGGGCCAGUCUAAGGGCAUCUCCACCAGCUCAAAAGUACUGAGUCGCCCAGGAAAUGCUUCACUGGCCGACAGCCGAGGGCCAACACAGCGCCUGGCCUGAGAGAGAGAUGGCGCAAGGAGGCGAUCGCUCUCGUGUGCCCUUUCUUUCACAUCUAGAAGACACACCUCAGCAGUAGGCUGCAGGGCACUUGCUUAUGUACUGGAUUCACCCUCCAGGGUGCCAGCUGCUUCCCACUUAUGGGAUAGGACCCCUGUUUUCCAACUGUUUUCCACCACUUUCAGGAGGCCACAACACUGGCAUGUGGAGUUCAGUUGCAGGGAGGCUGAAGCAUCCAGAUCGCCUUCCCUGGGGUUUCUUUAUGUUCUGAUGCAGUUCAUGCAGAAAAGCUGUUCGGAGCAGAGCAGCACUGAUGGCAGUCCUUGCAAACCUCUUCCUGUUGACUACACACUGCCUCCUCCUCCGAAUUUGGGUUCAUGUCCUGUGACAGGUUGAAAAAUCCACUUCUUUAAGUUCAGAUGUCAACCUGAACAUGCAGGCAGAAAAUGUCAACCUGAGGGUAUCACACCCUUCUUUGAGAGGGGACUUUCUGGAGAGAAGAUAGAGUAAAUUGCUGGGAGAGACCGGGUAAUUUUUUGAUCUUAAAUGAGAUCUCUGAAGGAGAUCUUUGCCGUUCCGAGUUGGCUCCCUCCAUGCUCCAUACGAGAGACAAGAAAAUAUAGGAAGGAUGGGAGGACUGGCUGAAAUAAUCCUUUUUAAAAACCAGGUGGACUCUGCCUCUGAUGCUCAGCCUUACCUUCUGCCAGGAGUAACUCUAAGCAAGAGUCAGUGUGAGGUCCUGAGCCACCGGUGGGUUGCAACCCUGAGAGCAGGGUUCGAUUCCCAGCUCAGCCAUGAAGCCAACUGGGCCAGUCACACACUCUCUCAGCCUCAGGGGAAGGCAGUGGCAAACCUCCUCUGAACAAGCGUUGCCAAUAAAACCUCAUGACAAGUUGACCUUAGGGUUGCCAUAAGAUGGGAAAGACUUGAAGGCAGGCGACAGCAACAACCAACUCUAAACCCUAAUCUCCAUGGCAAGGCUGUAAUGCCAUGGGACAGUAAAGACAAGACUGCUUUUGAACAUGUGCAGAGCGUGCUGCAAACAAAGGCCUGCAUGCAGCUGUACCUAAGGGAGGGAUCAAAGGUAAAACCUGGCAUCUGUUGUUGGUUUGUUGCUUGUAUUUGAGGAAUUAAGCAUUCCCCACACAAAUGCAUACACACCCUCAUGUAUGUAUGUAUGUAUGUAUCUAUAUAUAUAUCUGUAUCUAUACACACGCACAAACAGAGCUUUAAGCACUCCACCCAGAGAGUGUUGGAGGGGAGUUAAAGGCAAAAGCCUGUAUUGCCUUUCUAGCUGAGCCAAAGACAUUCCCUGCCCUGGGUCAGGGGAGAUUUGAACCCAGGUUUGGAGACCUUGAAUCCACCCAAUGUAAUGUUCUCCUACAAAUGCACAUCACAUCCACCAGGGGGCAGUACAAGGCAACAUGGCUUUGCCUUUACUGGAAAGGGCCCUCAUUGCAAUGGCUGAGAAGGGACUCUUCCUCUCCUUCAUGUUUCCUCUCAUCUUUGCACACUCAGCAGCUUCCUUGCCACAGCUCUCCUCCGUCCAAAGCUGCAGUCUGUCACAACUCUAACAGUUCCUUUUCACUCUUGACUUAAAAUGGGAUUCUGCCAAUCAGACAUUUCCAUUGACUGAAGCGCAGUGGGUUCUUCCUUGCAGUGUGGCCUGAUGGUUUUGUCCCCUGUGGCUGGGUGCGCCUUGGGCAGCUUUGUCUCCUGUUUGAUGGAAUAAACCCUUCUUUAAUAGAUUUCCUUUCAAUGUUUGUAUGAG